AUGAUUGAUUUGACGUUCUGUGUGCAGUGAACCUGUGAGCUUAGAUCUAUACUUGAGGGUACUGUACGAGCUUUAAUUUUACUUUGAAAUUCUUAAAAUUAUAAAAUAUAUUAAUUUAACUUUUCGGUGACGAAGAAAAAAAGUGGCAUAAGUUACAUAAUAAUAAUAGAUGUCCUGACGUUCAUGUGUAGUGUUGUGACGGAGUACAAUUUCAAGUGUGUGUAGAUAGAUACCAUGCUUUACUAAACCAACAUGGUUACAGUUACACUCCAUAUUGUUCCAACAGACUUUAUUUUCUAUUAAAAUCGUUAGUGCUCAAUUAGAAUAGAAAAAUUGCGAUGGAUACACGUGUGUCUCCCACACCAGUAAAUCCUCAAGAUGACACCAAAGAGGCAGGGGCAUCUUACGCACAUGCCGUCUUGAACUUUAAACAGCCCACUAACAACACUAACAAUAAUAAUAACAAAGAGAAUAUCGAAGAACCACCGAAACAAAUGAAUAAUGUUGAGGUAAAAGCAGCUGACAUUUCAAAACAACCUGAAGAGCCCAAACAAAUUGCUGAAGAUGAAGAAUCAUUUACGCCAGUUUUAAGUCACAGCCGUAAAGACCGAAAAAACGACAAAAUGAAAAAGAAACUAGCAGCAACAACUGAAAAAAUUAACAAGAGUGAUCACACAAAUAGAGAAAAAGCAAAAGAACCACGUCCUAAAGAAAAACGUGAUGAGAAAGAAUCCUCGACAGUUAAAGAACUCAAUGAUGAACAAAGUGAUUCUAAAAAAGUUUUUGUUGAAGCUCCCAUUCCCAAAGUUAACCCUUGGCAAGUCAAAGUUGCUACAACCAAACAAAAAGAUGCGAAUACACAACCUGAAAAGAGAGUUCUGCAGCCUAAGAAGCAAGAAGUUACUGUUAAUGGAUCAGAAGGUUCUGGAGUGGUUAAGGCUCCCAAAGAUAAAAGAAAGUAUAACCAAAAGGCUAGUGAUUUUACUGAUAUAGAUUGGCCCAGCUUAGGAACCAAUGGUACAGAGCCUCGAAAGUGUUUGGGUCAAGGAGCAGCUGAAUCAGCAACUUCUGUCGUAGCUUCAACUUCCAAAGAUAAGCAAGUGACACCCCAAACAUCCGAAGAAGGUGAAGAUAAACGAAAACAAAUGAAGCACAAAUGGGUGCCACUCGAUAUAGACUUAACAAAAACAAAUAAAUACGAUCGAAGACGUAGCGAACGAGCAGGAGACGAAAGAUCGACAGUAAGUGAAGGUGAUAAAGACUGGCGAGCGGAAAGAGAACUGAACGGUCACCCACAAAACGGACGACACUCGAGACCUGCACCUGGAAAUCGACAUCGUAAUGACAGGAACAGAGGGGGUAGGAGGGGAGUUCACAAUAGGCAUAAUAAUAGAGGUCAUAAUAACCUGGAUUAUUUAGAUUAUCAUUCUCACGAUUUCCAAGGAAAGAUGGGUGAUUUAAUAGAUGGACAAGCUUUUAUGCCUUACAUGGGAACCUACUACUUUAAUAGCAACAGCUAUCUUAGUUUAGAUGGGCCCACUGUCAAGGAAUAUAUUCGUAAUCAAAUAGAAUAUUACUUCAGUGAAGAUAACUUGAACAGAGAUUUUUUCUUGAGAAGAAAAAUGGACGCCGAAGGUUAUCUACCAGUUACCCUCAUAGCUUCUUUCCAUAGAGUUCAAGCUUUAACAAACAAUGUAGCUCUAAUUAUUGAGGCAAUUAGUUCAUCUGAUGAACUUGAGUUGACUGCAGGUUUUAAGGUGAGACCAAAGAAGGACCCACUGAAAUGGCCGAUACUUGAUGAGGGAAAUGAGAAAAAAGAAGAAAUUAUCGCUAAAUUAGUUCCUCCGCCGCCACUACCAAAAACUCUAAGAGAAAGACAACUCGAUAAUCUCAAUCCCGACGUAGCAGAAUUUGUCCCCUCGGAUGUAGAACAAAAGAACCAAAAAGUAAAUAUGGUAAAUGGAAAUAGAAAUCCAGAAUAUGCUCAAAACGAAAAAACUAAAAACGAACAAGAAGAUGAUGAGAAUUGGAGGCAGGUGAAAAGAAAAAAUAAGGAAAAUAAAGUGAAAAAGGAAACAAAAGUGAAAUCGUUUGAACGAGAAGAGCUCGAUUUUCACUUUGACGAAGAACUAGAUCAAGAAGUUCCUACAGGACGACAAAAUACGUUUAACGAAUGGCCUAUAGAGGAAGACAGUGACGAAGUCAGCGAUAGAGAUGUUAAUAAAUUGCUUAUAGUUACUCAAAAUACAACUUCUAGAGCACCAAAACAUGAAGGGUAUGACAGAACUGGUGAUUGGAUGACUCGCGUUAAGAUGAGUCAAGAUUUAAUUCAAGCUAUAAACGAUGGAUUAUUUUAUUACGAAGAAGAUUUGUGGACUGAUCAAGACUAUGAAAGGAACUCACUCGAGAGUUACAAGACUGUCAAUGUUAUUAGUCAAGAAGAUUUUAAAAAAAUGGCGCCUCCAGCUCCUAAAAAACAGAACCAACAAGUGCCACCUCCACCUCCUCCAGUCAUUGAUACAGUUGAAGUGCCUGCAAGACAACAACAAUCACAACCCACUACUAGUACUAAUAAUAGGAGAAGAACAAAUAAAAAUCCACGAAGGAAUGUUCCAAGAUUCUAUGCAGUUGUUAAAGAUGAAAGACCAGAUCCAAGUACUCCAAGAAAACGAAAAACGAGACACUCAAGUAAUCCUCCAGUCGAGCAUCACGUCGGAUGGAUUAUGGAUGUUAAGGAACAUCGCUUACGUACAACAUCUACAGGAAGUAGCUAUGGUACUAGUCCUAAUGACGGGCAUCUAGGUACAAGCUAUGGUAGUGUUCCACAAGCUUUACCCACCUUCCAACAUCCAUCACAUUCUUUGUUGAAGGAAAACAACUUCACACAACAAGGGUACCACAGAUUCCGACAAAAAUGUUUAAAAGAACGAAAACGUUUUGGAAUCGGGCAAUCCAACGAAAUGAACACUCUUUUCCGUUUCUGGUCAUUCUUCUUAAGAGAAAACUUCAACCGCACAAUGUACAACGAAUUCAAAACUUUGGCUAUUGAAGAUGCCGAACAAGGCUACCGUUAUGGUCUUGAAUGCCUCUUCCGAUUUUUCUCUUACGGCUUAGAAGUUAAAUUUAGACCACAUCUUUAUGAAGAUUUUCAACAAGAAACGAUAAAGGACUACGAAAACGGACAACUGUAUGGACUGGAAAAAUUCUGGGCGUUCUUAAAAUACUACAAUUAUGGUAGUCAUCUCACUGUUGCACCUACGUUGCAAAAGUACCUCUCCAAGUUUAAGACUAUCGAAGAUUUCAGGGUUGUAGAGCCAAGAAUUGACGAAAUUUUAAAAUCGCAUCAGGGCAAGGGACAAUACAAAAAUAUCAAACGAAACAGAAGUGUUUCGGAAAGUCAAUCAGCUAUGCCUAGUACUUCUAGAGAAGACAGACGUCCAUCUAAUAGCAAUCAAAGGAAUGAAAAUAUGUAUCCUCAACCUGGUACUAGUGCUCCUGCUGAUUCAGGCUUUAAAUAUGCUAGAUCUCGUACUCAAUCGUUUGGCUCUGGACGUAUCCGUAAUAAUAGUGCCCAUCAACGUACUGAUUCUUGGAGACAAAAAGAUAUUAGGAAUGAGCCUAAGGCUACUUUGUAAAAGUCUGCCUGAGCAUGGUGGAGUAUCUGGCCUGAUGUGAUCUACCAAUAUGAUAGAUUAAAUUUUAAAUUUAGGUUUGAUUUCCAAAAAUAAAAAAAAAUAAUUUGGGUACUUUAAGAACUAUAUUUAAGUCGUGAAAUUGAAAGCUGAAGCUAUUGGAAGUGUAUUGUGUAUCAGUGCCAUUACCUUGAAAUAUUUUACAAUUUUAUAGUUUUUCGUACUUUUUCGACAAACAUCAUGAAUAGAGUGAAAUCAAACAGAAAUAUUAAAUACUAGUGGCUCUAAAAACCGUAUCGGUUGAUUUAACUAAUUAUUGAAUUUUUUAAUAACUGCCUAAAAUUUGAUCUUGAGAGUAAAACUAAUUUGUAAAUAGCUCCCAUUUAUCUGGAAUUGUCAGUUUUGUACUCUAUUCAUAUAAUUUUCAUUCGUAGUUUUUUUAUUACGUAAUCAUAGCUUCUAAUCUUAAAAAAAAGCAUUUGGUGGUUGUAUAUAUAGCCUUAUUCGAGAAAAAUUACUAAUUUGGAUUUGCGAACAUCUUUUAUACACUAAUGUUUUUGAAAAUACCCAAAUUUGUCUUUAAAAAUAUGUGUUCAUACAUCUAAUAAUACUAAAUCAGUUGUAGUUUCAGGAAACACAAGAACUCCGCAUCUCAAUCUUCAUAUAAAGACCCGAGGUCGAUUUGCUUAUUCAAGUUCAUUGUUAUAUGUUCACAACCAAAAAUUCGAAGUAUCAAACGGAAGACACUAACUACUACCACUACAAUGAUACUAACAAUUUCAUUAUCUGAUUCUUCAAGCCAUGUGCCAUCGAUUAUGGAAGGCUCGAAGGACCAGACAGUGUAUGUGUAAGUAGUGGUUGUAUAAAGUGUACAUUGAAGAUAAAAAAAUUACUUUUAUAAUGAUGAAUCAUAUACAAAACAAAACUUAGAUUUUCCCAAAUCUUCGUUAUCUCUAUUUGCUCCUUAUUAUUUCAGUUUUAAAUAAAAGUUAUAACAUUUUGUUGUUUAGAAUAAAUACAAGUUGUCUCAAUAAAAAGCUAACAUUUAAAAAAACAAUUUCAAUAAAAGUAAGAAGUUUAUUGAAUGUUUAUUAGAUAUUUAAAUGCAUUGCUUGGUAAUUUAUUUCUUGAAUAUAACAUCGUCAAAAUAUAAACCGUGGUCCUCACGGUUUUCAUUUAAUCAAACACUAAAAUUGCCUCUGCCAGCUCCGCAGAUAUUCUCCUUGAUAUUUUCUUUUAAUUGUACCAGGGAAGUCAGUUUGUUAGUGCAAAUUUGGAUUUAACAUAACCCCCUCAGGAUAAAGUCCAUAAGUGUUGAAUCGGGACUGUGUAGAGGCCAACUUAAGUUACUUCUCCUGGAGAUCAAUUUCCCAAGACGUAUGUGAAGUUUCUCCGUUCUACAGGAACCAUGUUCUUUAGUUAUAACCAUUAAAGUUUUGUAGUUCAAACACGAAGAAGUCGUCUAACAUCUGCACAUAACGCUCUGAAUUCACUGUAACUGUGCGCUCUUUUUCAUUUUCAAAAAAGUAAGGCUUAAGCGCUGAUAUUGUAGCCUAUAUGGUCACUUUAGUCGCAUGUAGAGGUUUCUUUGAGUUUAAGAGAGUUCUUUGGAUUGGUUUCACUCCAGUAGCUUCAUCCAAAAACAAAAUGUUUAAAAGCGCACAAUCAUCUGGUUUAUGAAGUCAAUCCUCUGACCAGCAUCCUGAGGCUUUUAAUUCUUGUAUCAACUGCAUUUUUUAAGGUACAUAGCGACUAAAUUCCCAAGUCACUGAUUGACACCUCCUGCGUUCCUGAAAUGACAUUUCUCUUGGGACACCUUGUAUUUAUUUGGCUUUGAAUUGAUAAAUAAAUCUCUGAAUAUAUAUUUUUUUCAAUCUGUUGAGUCAAAAAAAUAAUAAAAAUUCUUUUCAAAUUUUGUGGUAGGUACAUAUGUGAAUAAAUUACAUUUUUUGAAAGAAUUUGCAACAUCAUUUUAGCUAACAUUGUAGUUAUUUUAUUAACUAUGUAAAGGAUUUCAGCCUCAAUUAAGGUUCCAGUACAAACCAUUCCUUCAUCACAUGUUACAUACGGAUAAAUCAUGAUCUGUAUGUUCGGAAGCUAACCUGGAUCACGUUCGGAAACUGAUCGAGUUAAUAGGUUUGUAGUUAUAUCAAACGACCCUUUACACCCUGGUAGACCAGUGGGUAAAUGCGACAAUUUGACUGGUUGUUUCAUUUGUCUAUGGUUUUUUGAACUCUUAAAAGUUAAUCAUUCCCCUUGAAUGGCUGUCUACUGUUAACUCUCAUUAGCAUUGUCAUCGAUAGGUUUCUGAAGUUUGCCGUUUUUAUACAUUUCGGUAUUUUAGUAUAAAAACAUCUUAUCAGUAUUAUACUCUAGUGCAAAAUCCGUGUGACGCACAAAAAAGUUUUUGUAGAUCAGUUUGUAAAUUUGAAAUUGUGAUAAAAAUCAAAAGUUUUGUGCAUCAAGUUUUUAAAUUUGAAAUUUUCAUCGACAAUUGAACGUGACGUUCGGAAACUCAUCUAAAUCUACCUAAACCUAAGAAGUCUAUAUUCGAUCCAAGAUUUUCUUGUAAAGCUUUUUGUACCAUCGAAAAAUCCACAGCUUUCGAAGCAGUUUAAAUUGUAGUUUUAGGCUUCCACAAGCUUUGUCUCCCUUCCUAAUUUCUUGUAAAACGUCCGUUCAAAGGUUUUAAAGUUUAUUAUUCCUUGAUUAGAUGUGUGAAAAUUUAACUUUCAUAGUUUUCAAUGGUGGAUUUAGGUUAUGUUUAUUUACAUUAACAAUUACACCGUCUGGUACACGUUUCAAUAAGUUUUCCCUGAAGGUGAACUAAACUAUAGUUUACUUUGAGUUUGGGGAAUUCCAAGUAAAAAGUCUUAUUACUUCGAUUUAAAGUAUUUAAGUGUUUAUCAGAAUGGAACGUUAUUUUUUUGACUUGAUAAGGUUUAAGUUAUAGAGAUUCCACUGUAGUUAAUAAACUUUUGGAGAUAUAAAAAGUAAUACUAUCAAAAUUUCGAGCGCCGUUAUUUAAACCUAUAAUAUUAUAAAUAAUCUGCAAAAUAUCAGUUUUUGAAGGAAUUAGAAGCGAUUAUGUUAUUACAACAACCGUGUUAUAUAAUGAAUAGACAUAUUAGCUCAUUCAUAAAUCUGGGGAAUUUGAAAAUUUCAUUUAUAAUUAUAUUUUGAACAAUUCAGCUGGUUUUAACUUUAUGUAUCACCUAAUGUCUAGAUUGACCAGACUAUAAUUUAUGUAGAAUUAAUGUAAUCAAUAUAAAAUAUAAAAAAAUUGUCAAACUAAUUACUACACAUUCCGAAACUUUGAAACUUUACGUUAGAAAUUAUUUUUUGUGCAAAGUGCUAUAAAUUAUUAUAAAAGUAUUUCGUCAUUGUACGCUUUCCUGAAAAAACACCCUUACGAUUUUUCCUAACCUUGUGUAUCUUUCACUCUUACUCCAAAUAUUAUAGUAUCUUAUAGAAUUGCGUAGUACACGUGGAAUAACUGUCAUCCAAUUCCAAAAACACUUUUUUCUUUUAUGGAUGGAUUAUCAAUUCGUAACAUAGAUGUGAUGUCGCUGGCAAAAAAACUGUAUUUUUCUUAGUAAAAUUUUCUAAUAUGGUAAUAGUUUAUCCCGUUUUUUGUCUGCUCACCCUUUUAUUCGUAAUGCAAAUAAGUAUUUUCAUACCAUACCAGAAAAUUCAGAAUUACUCCUCGUUAUCUGUUUUUGUUUUCUUUAUAGUUUUUCAUUUGUCUUGGCUGCGUAAAAUAUUUUGGUUUUGAAAAAGCUUAGAGAUCUAUCUAACCAAAUUAUAAAGCCUCUCCUCCUUUCAAAAUUAUAAGACAUUUUAAUGCACAUAAUCACGCUCAUAGAACCAAUAUACAAGUCUCGGAAACUUCCAUCCCGAUAUGGUAAUCUUUAAAGUAUGAUAUCCACAAGUUAAUUUUCUUACGGAAACUCUGAUAUUAUCUUGAUAUUCUUACCAUUAUUCCUACUCUUUUUUUGAGUAAAAAUUCUUUUUGGAAGAUUCAGUUAUGGUAUUCCAUCUUCAUAUUCGACUAUAGCACGGUAGAUGUUUCUGUGUAAAAUAUUUUGGUUUAAAAAAAUUAGAGAUCUAUGCAACCAAAUUAUAAAGUCUUUUCUUCUUUCCAAUUUAUAAGACAUUUGGAUGCAACUGGUACAUAAUCACGCUCAUAGGACCAAUACAUAAGUCUCCAUCGUUUUUAGUAUUUUUGUUCAUUUCUUGCGAAUUCCCCCGAUAUGGUAAUAAUAGAAAAUCUUUUUCGGAGAUUUAGACAUGAUAUUCUUCCUUCACAUUUGGCUAUAGCACGGUAGAUGCUUCUGCGUAAAAUAUUUUGGGUUAGUUGAUAUAUUUUAUACGAGAAAUAUCUUUUUAAAAACAAAAUUCAUUUAAUGUAAAAUAAAAGUUUAUAGAUUCAAAGUUACAAACAGAAUGAAUAAUAAUAAUGGUUCUUUUAUCUUUAAAGCUGCCACAGAUAUUUUUAUAUAAUGUGAGCAAAAUAAUUUCACAUAAUUGGUUUGAAAAAAGCUUAGAGCUCAACCAAAUUAUAAAGCCUCUUGUUCUUUCCAACUUAUUAGACAUUUUAAUGCAUCUGACAUAAAAACGAACUUGUUUAAUUUAAGUCAAGAAAAUGAAAAAUUUUCUGCUUAUUAAGCCAUUUUGAUAUUGUAGUUUGUGCCAAAAUUAUUACGUUAUAUAUAACAUUACUUUUGAUUGUUUUUUUAUGUGGAUUGUUGAUGUUUUAGAUAAAUAAAAUAAUUUUUAAAAAAGAAAAUGUUUGAACACUAUAUUUAUAGAAUUAGUAAUAGUAUUUUCGGGUAUAUUGCGUAAAUAAUAUAUUUUGAAUCGAGUAUAAAGCACUUCAUUUCAUAUUCUAUCGAUUGCCUGUAGUUGGUGUCUUCUUUACACUUUAUAAUAAUAAAUAAUCAUAUUUCAUGAAAUAUUUUUUCGUUACUAAAGAAAUUCGUACAUCACCAUUUUUUACUACAAAUUACCAGCAUUUAGGAUUCAAUAAUUUCAUUUUAGGAAAAGUAAAAAAAUAUAAAAAUUUUAUUUAAAACAAAAACGAAUCUAUUAUGUACUAUGUGUAUAUAAGUUUUGUAACUAAAUUAAUAUCAUAUUCGCUUCUGUUCGUUCCAUUCGAGUAGAAUUUUUUACUUACUGACAAUUUUAAGAUGUGUGAGUUUUUCGCAGUUUCCUCCUUAGGUACAAGUUUUUAUUUAGUGAAUUGUGUUUUUGUUAUUGUUUUUGUUGAACUCCGUUAAUGUCAAUUAUGAUGAUUUUGUAAUUUCGUUCUAUUUGAAGAUUGUUUUAGUUGUUUUCUUAACUUUAUUUGCUAUUAUUAAGUAUAUAUUUUCUAGUUAUUAUGCGCCCAUUAUCCGUUUAUUUUUCAACGCUGUUCCUUAUCGGAUAAUGUCGUAAACCCAUUUUUUGAAGACAAAUUUGUUACAUUUAAGAAUAAUUAAUUAACUAGAACCAACCUUCAAUGGCACAUCGUGCAGUUUUAAUUUCGUAGUUCGGAUACCUUCGAUUAUAAAUUAGGUUUUUGAUAAAAGAGUCCUUACUGAUUACAAUUUUGAAAUGAUCUUCAAGUUGAAUUAUUUUCAUUUGUCAAUUAUUUUACACAAUUAUUUUGUAUUGGGUUUAUAUUUACUAUUCUGUAAAUUAUAUUGAACGUCAAUACUUUUAUUUCAGUAAGUCUAGAAAUUCCAGUCAAGUUGGAACGGUCUUAUUUUAGCUAAUAUAAAUAUCGUAAGUAAUUGCAACAUAGCCGAUAAUAGAACACUAAACUUCUUCUAAAAAUUCCAAAAAUAUUGCUUUUUGUUUAUAUAUAUAUAUAUAUAUAUUAUAUAAGUCAAAAUUACAUAUAUACAGUAUAUCUAAUGUCAAUGUGAAGAGAUAUUUUUAAUACCAUUUAUGGCGUACAAUAUGCGGGCGGUUUAAAUAUGGACAAACCCUCCGAGAAAUUUAUUUAUUAUCGAAAAUAUUAACAAAAAUCUUCAGUUUUUCUUGGUAAUUCUUCUCAUUACCUAUUCCACUCCGGAAGCUUUUUUAUGCCGGUAUAGAAACAUUCAUUGCCAUAUGCGAACAAACUCCUCUUUCUCGUUAUCGGUGUUAAAUUUUCGACCUCCGAUGGCUUCUUUAAAUAGUCCAAAUAUGUGCUAGUCUGAGGGCGGAAGGGAUGUUCUCAUAUCUCCUAACCAAGUUUUGAUAUUGUAUCGAGCGUGAAAAGGGCGUUAUCUUAAAAGAUAAUCGCAAUUCGUACUGGAAUGUUACCCCGUUUCGAGCGUGUGUUUCGGAAGGUUGGAGUAGUAUGCAGCAUUUAUGGAACGUUCUAUAGUGAAAAUUCGCAUUCCUCCCCGCUUCGUAUUGUUUCGUAUUUUUGAUCGAAGCUUAGGAAUCCAUCGCGUUAUUUUGCGAUAAUGAAGGUGUUCGUGGAUGGUAGACUCUAGUUGUUUUAAUGAUUUUUUCAACAAUUCCAAAAGCGUUAUUGGUAACUAAUGUUAUAUGAGUAGAGAAAAGAAACAACGUUGUUUGCUCGUUUAAGAGUUUAUACAAGACUAAUUUAUUCACAAAAAUGAUAUAACGAAAUUUACACAAACUUAUUGUCACGAGAAAAUUCUGUCAACUAAAUUAUUUCGGUGAUCUACAAAUAGAUGGCGCUAUUGGACUACUCUUUUAAUGAUUGAAACAGCAAUAAUAACAACUUUUUUAAGUUUUUAUUUUAAUCAAUGUUUUAUUCAAUAUUUCAAUAAGGAAAAUAAUUGUUCUCACAACACAACAACAAUGUUCUCACGUUGACAUUAGAUAUAUCAGUGGUACAAUAGAAUCUAACAAAAGAAAUGUUAAUUUCAAAAUAUUAUCAUCACAUACUCCUUAUUUGCUCUCUCCAUUUUCGCAGUGUAGAGAUUUGAACAUCCGGGUAUACAUUGUUACAUAUUUCACCAUAUCGUAGUCGUUUUGGUAUUAUAAUUGAAUCGGUUAAUUAAGAAUCUGAACAAGUCACAAUAUCCUCAGUUUUCAGUAGACAAAAACAAUUAGUUUAAAAAAAUAUUUAUUGGAAAAUAUUUUUUUACUAUUUGUGUAGAAUUUGAUCGGAAUACUUAAUAACCAACUUUUUUGGAUUAAUAAUGACUUGUUUGCUUUAAAUUACACUAAAACCCCUCUAAUCCGAAUCCUGUUAAUACGAUUUUUCAGGAAAUUUCGAUCGGUAAUAAAUUAUAUUUGUUUAACUUUUUUUCACGCUCUGAAAAGGCAAGGCUAAUAAUCGGGACCUCAAUAAAACAUCCCUUUGAACAGAAAUACGAUUCAUUGAGGUUUUACAACAUUGUAUAACACCACUAAUUUUGCGAACGGUUCGUCAUGUCUGUCAAUAUCAAUUGCUUCACAGUAAAAAACCAAUUUGAUGCUGCGAUGUUGCGCCAUAGUAGACACAGACCUCUGCUCAGCCUAGCUCAGAGCAAGGUCGAAUGCGGCUGCCACGUCGGAAUGCGAUAUAACUUCAUUACCACCGGUGCCGGUUUCCGCUUCUUGGCGGUUGACUUCAGCUGCCUCGUCGGAAAGCUUCGUGAGUGUAGGGAUCUUGCGCCAUCCACUCAUCGAUGUCUGAGUCGUUUGUUUCCCCACAACCGGGAAUUUCUCUCACCAGUUGAAGCAGGGGUCCUCGGUUAGAACUGUCAUCUGGCGAGUCAACAAAGUCAAGGGAAGUCCACAACUUCCUCCAAGACUUUCUAAUGCCUCACUGACCAGUAAGUUACAUCUUUCACUGUCAAUUUCUGGAUUUUUUCAAUUAAUUUUCAAUAGAAUCUCGUUCAAUAAGUGUAAGGGGAAAUUUCUUACGAUAGGCUAAUUUCAUUGCACGAGAACCCCUUAGUCCAUAGGCUGUAUCAGAGCUGUAACAUUGAGUGGGAGGAAUACAGUUUUGACUUCGUCACUUUGUAAUUGUAUGAUGUCUGGGUGAGAUGGUGCUUUGUUAACUUAUUUGGCAAGUCGUUUUCUUUAUUGAAACGUUUAACAUCCUUGACGAACUCGUUGUGAAACGAGAGUUUAAAUAGAGCCAUAUCCAUCCACGCUCGUAUUUGAAUUCGUGUAGUAGACCGGUAGGGAUUGACAGACUCCUAUACGUGAAUUACUCAAAAACGCAAACAAACAGAAGCGACAGAAUUUAGAAAAAAUUCUGGUGGGUGAUUCCGCGUGAGUAGUUAAGGGUUAAAAUAAUAAUAAUAAUAAUAAUAAUAAUAAUAAUAAUAAUAAUAAUAAUAAUAAUAACAAAAGAAAACAUAUUUUCACAAAUUAUUCUUCUCAACUAAAUGCAAAUCUUUGUUGUCUAUAAAUUACAAACGAAUGUUCUGAUAUGUUCUGUUUCUUAACUGAUUUACGGGUCUUACCAUAAGGUAAUGAAAUAAAUUUUCUUCAGUUGACUUGUUCAGUUUUUUUAUUAAACCGAUUUAAUUAUGAAGUUCAUAUUAGUAAUGAAGGAAGCAAUUUCUUGAUUAAUGUUUUAUCGUUAAUAUUCAUAAUUAAGUGAAAUCUUCAGCCUGCGAAUUGUCGAACUGAUGGAAGAAUGUAUUGGCUAGAUUUCUUUAUACACUCCUUACGAUUAAUAAUUUUUAGCCCUUUAUACUUACUCCCAAAAUUUGAGUGGAGCUUAUAGUUUUAAUUUUGCUGAAUACCUACUAUUAUUAAUUUUGUGUGUUAGCAUAAAAUGGAUAAAGUAAUUUUUUGCCCCACGAAUAUACCCGCCGACACUGUAUACUUAUACAGGGUUCAAUGUGAAUAAAAUUGUCCCGUGCAAAACGCCAUGAACCCAAACUAUUUGUUACUUGUAAAUGCUUAUAGUCCGGGAUGAUGGUGCAUUAACCCUCAGAGCACAGAACAGGGAUUUUAAGCACAGAUUUAUAUCUUUCAGGUUAAAUUUUUAUACAGCGUUAAAUUUUACUAAUAGCAGGCCUUUUAUGCUAAAAUGAACGUAGCCUCAGUUUUUACAAAUUUGGAAUAAUUGGCUUUACUUAUUUUGCUGGGACACUUCUGUUUAAGGGCAAGAAAUUAAUAAAAAAAUGUGAUAAUGGGUGUUAAUUUAGUGUUUGCUUAUUUCUUGCAUUUAAGUAUAUAUAAGUUAGAUUGUAAAUUUUGUUGUGGAAGAAUGUUAAGCGAAUUUGUCUUCCAGUGACACAAAAAAAUAAUAAAAUUUCUAAAAAACCAAAAAAAUUUGAUCAUUUAAAAAUUUUACGUAACAAUCCUACAGAGAAUCGAUUGAUCAACUGAUAUUCUUUGUUGGGUUGAUUACUGAAAAAAAAACAGUUCUGUUCCUAUGCCAAAUUAUAUUUUUUCUAGAGUUAUAGCGAAAAAAUGUGUAUCAUUUAGAUUUCAUAUCUUUAUGUAAAUAAUAUGAUGUAAGUAAGA